UACGGCGUGUGCUGGAGAGGGUGGCUGCCGCAGGUCUGAAGCUCCACCCCGAGAAGUGCCACUUCAUGAGGAGAGAGGUGUCCUUCUUGGGCCACCGAGUGGGGAAGGAGGGGAUCAGCACCAUGGAGGACAAGGUAGGGGCUGUCAGAGACUGGCCCACCCCCACCGACCAGCGUCAGCUGAAGAGCUUCCUGGGCCUGGCCUCGUACUACAGGAGGUUUGUACGGGGCUUCUCAAGCAUUGCUGCUCCACUGAACCGCCUGCUGCCGAAGGACAAGGCUUUCACUUGGACAGUGGAGUGUGAGGAGGCGUUCAACACCCUGAAACGUGCACUGAUCGAGGCCCCCAUGCUCGCCCCCCCUGACCUCACCUUGCCCUUUAUCCUGGACACAGACGCGAGCAAUGUGGGCAUGGGUGGGGUGCUGGCCCAGGUGGGGCCAGAGGGGGAGAGAGUGGUGGCGUACUUCAGCAAAACAUUUGACAAACAUGAGCGCCGCUACUGUGUCACCCGGCGGGAGCUCUUGGCUGUUGUGGCUUCCGUCAAACACUUCAAGUACUACCUGUCUGGUCUGCCCUUUACUGUAAGGACUGACCACUCUGCUCUCCAGUGGCUCAUGUCUUUCAGAGAGCCAGAGGGGCAGGUGGCACGCUGGUUGGAGGAGCUUCAGCCGUAUGACUUCACGGUGGUGCACAGGGCAGGGGCACGCCACUCCAACGCCGACGCCAUGUCCCGUCGGCCCUGUACUGCAGACGGCUGCCGCCACUGUGAACGGAGAGAGGGACGGGAGAGAGAGCUGCGGGCAGAGGAGGGUGUCUGUGCCACAGUGUGUCGGGCGAGCGGGCCUGUCUGCUGUGAGCUGCAGACUGUCGACGUGGCUGAAUGGCGGCAGCAGCAGGGACGGGACACAGACCUACAGCCAGUGCUACAGUGGGUAGAGGCGCAGGUGAGGCCACCAUGGGAAGAGGUGACAGCGCUCUCACUCGCGACCAAAGGGUUGUGGUCGAAGUUUGAGAGACUGCGGCUGGCUGAUGGCGUGCUACAGCGGGCAUGGAAGGAGUCAGCUACGGGAGAGGAGAGGUGGCAGGUGGUGGUCCCAAAAGCAUUGCGGGAGGCUGUGCUCCAGAGUACUCAUGGGGGGUGGGGACUGGACACUUUGGGGUCACAAAAACACUGCGCCGUCUCCGUCAGGGCUUCUACUGGGGGCAGCACAAGAGGGAUGUGGAGGACUUUUGUCGCCGCUGUGACAACUGCACAGCGAGAAAGGGCCCCCAGGCCGCUCUCAUGCUCAGCUCCAACAGUUCCCAGUGGGGGCUCCCAUGGAGAGGGUGGGAGUGGAUGUAGUUGGGCCGUUCCCCACCACAGACAGUGGAAACCGCUGGGUGCUCACGGCCAUGGACUAUUUCACAAAAUGGCCCGAGGCCUAUGCUCUGCCUGACCAGGAGGCAGAGACCAUCGCCGACGCCCUGACAGCGGGGAUGUUCAGCAGGUUUGGAGCUGCAGAGUCCAUCCAC